UUUUCUUUUCCGGGUAGGAUUUGUUUUUAUGAAACACACAUGACAUGGCUGUCGAACAGCAGGCGUCCCAGAUUAUGUGAACUUGUCUCUUCUCCGAGCGCUGUAUUAGUGUGUUUUAGCGGCCAUUUAGCAGGUGUGUUGUGAUGUCGGAUAAACGUCAGCGUGCCAGAGUCCAGGGCUCCUGGGCCAAACCAUUGCCAAAACACACAGGACAAAAAGGUGCAGUUCCAAACAACCAUCAACCCAAAAAUGCCAACCCAGCCCCUGGUUCCUGGGGAUUUGGGCCACAGACGACAUCUAAGACAUUUGAGUUUCAUCAGCCAACUAAGCCAAUUAGAGAUGUUCCACCAGAGAAGGUGAUAGAACAGGCAGGUGAUUAUGAGAUCAGCGGUGGACCGUCAGGAGUGUCCAGACUGCGGCUGCUGCCUGGGUUUCUUCCCCCAGAGGAGGCUGACUGGAUGUUCAGUAAGCUGUUAGCAGAGCUUCCCUGGUCCCAGAAGACCAACUACAGACAGGGUGAGGCAUAUGAGGAGCCCAGGCUGACCUGCUGGUAUGGAGAGUUGCCCUAUACGUACGCUCGCUCCACCAUGGCUGCCAACACACAGUGGCAUCCGUUGCUGUUAACCCUUCAUGAGGCAGUGGAGCAGGCGAGCGGACGCAGAUUCAACUCCCUGCUGUGUAACUUGUAUCGGGACGGCCAUGACAGCAUCGGCUGGCACAGUGACGAUGAGGCCUCCUUGGGUCCCAAACCCGCCAUCGCUUCCCUCAGUCUGGGUGACACCAGAGUGUUCAGCCUUCGCAAGCAGCCUCCGCCGGAGGAGAACGGUGACUACACGUAUGUGGAGCGGAUUCGGGUUCCUCUCAGUCACGGGACACUUCUGCUGAUGGAAGGAGCCACACAGGACGAUUGGCAGCAUCAGGUGGCUAAAGAGUACCAUGACCGAGGCCCACGCAUCAACUUGACCUUCAGGACUAUCUACCCAGAGCCGGAGGGCCACAGGCUGGGGACCAAGCUUCGCUUCACUGCCAAGCAACAGUAAACUCUCCUCCGAGUCAGGUACUUAACGCUUAGGAAACCCUGUGGGAAGUGGUUUUGCAUUUCAAACAGUGCACUGAUCCAGUCAGCGCUAGAUCUGGUGGCUGGAGUGUGAGCGAGGCUCAAGCUAAUAAAUGAUGCAGAGAUUUUGCCAAACGUGGCUAGGUAACCUGCAAACGUCCUCGCCCUUCUCAGCGAGCGUGCAAGCAGUUUCCGCUGUUUGACCCAAGCCUUCCGAUCACAUCGCUGAGUUACAAAACCAAUGUGAAUGACAGCUUCCUCCAACUGAAACAGGGAGAUUUGCAGCCCUGCCUGAACUCACCUGUUGCAUAAGUGAACCGUAAUAACGCCUCAGUCGUGAGCAGUGAUGAUGAUCAGAUUUCAGUGUUUUCAGAGAAGCUGAGUAGAAGAGCGGGCGAUGAUGAGGGCUUUGAGGCUUGAUCAACUGUCAGCUCUGAAUAUUACUUUGACUUUAUUAAUUCAUUCAGCACAGACAGUUGUUUCAUUUCAGACAAUAAUUUUAUGAAACUUUUUCUUAGUGUGUUUGAGUGUUUAACUCAACUCAACAACCACUGCUUUUGUUGCCAACAGUAAAAGUUUGGUUUGCACUGGGAAGCUCCCAGGUGGCAACGUCGGAUGUGGUAUAAACAGAUUUCAUCUCGAUAUCCUUAUAUUUGCCAUGAUGAGUCACUUAGAUUCAAGUGUUUUGUUUUGGUUUGGGUUUUUUGUCACACUUUCGUUUUGACCAUAAAUUUAGAGAAAAUGUAGUUUUGAGGUUUGAAAAGUCAGUGUGUGCGUAUCAAUAUUCACAUGCAAUGAAAAGUGUGUUUAUGAAAGUCAGAGUCCCGAGUUCUCACUGUACAGCAUGUCACUGAUGAUCUGACUGUUGGUGAAAUACCGUGAAAUGUAAACGAUUUCAUUCUUAGUUUAUCUUGGGGAGCUACGUGGAGAGAACAUAUUUGCUAUAAAAGGAGACAAAACAAGUAAAGUCGCCACUUAAGCCAAUUGCAACUCCAUCAGGACUAGAAUUUGUUAAUUGUCUUGUCGAAACAAGAUUUGACCAACCCCUCAAAGAAGUAGUUCAAGUUUUUUUUAAAUACAAAUUCAGGAACAAGAAUCUUUAAAGUCCAUCUAAGACGUGCUUACACAAGUGUUUUGAGAUAGCACAUGCAUAGUUUGAGUCGUUUGUUUUUGUUAACAAAUCAAGUCAACAUGGCAUUUUCAACUGAAUAAUGACACUGUGUUUGAAAUGUAUAAUUGAAGACCGGGAAACCGUGCAGUACUGUACACCAAGCAUGGAUUACCUGCAUACCCAUUGUAAUUUGCAAGUUGCAUUUUUUUUGUUUGAAUGAUUUAUGAUUGUCUCCCUUUAACUUUGUUGUUGAUCAGUUGCAAAAAAGCCUUUGUUUUUGUUUUGUUUUAAAUGACUGAAAGUAUGUUUAGUAAGUAUCAAGUGGUAAAUCAGAUUGUUAGAAAUCAGAUUUAUCCCUUCAUACCUUGAAUAGUGUAGUUUUUGAUACUAAUCAGUCCUGUAUGUUGACCGACAUCAGAGCUACCUGCUGUUUCAAUAAGAAUUCUCGUUUUAAAAUUUCCAUUAAAACCUGUCUUUGGUAAAUCAAUAAAUGGAGAAAAAUAUUUGUUUCUAGAAAAUAACCCCAUUUAGACACAGAAUUGGUGAUAUUGCUUGAUUUAUCAUUCUGUUAAAAUUAUAGCAAACUUGGUCAAACUUGCAUAUAUUACGAAUAACAAAGAGACAUCAAACAAAAAGAAAUUCGUAUGGCUAAAGUUGCUAUAGCGACACUUUAACCAGUGGAAAAGGUAACAGAAGAAUCCCACAGCCAUGCACAGUUUGAUUUAGACGAAUAAGACAGAGGAGGUUUAAUAACCUGAAACAAUAAAAAGCGAGACACAACAGGUAAACAGGAAACAGUUGUUUAUGACACUUUAAGGUGCUGUUAGCAAAGUCAUUAAUCCAAUGAGCCUGUACUGUGUAGUUAAGAUUUUGAGUUUCCAAUAGAUCUAAGGUACUAAAUCGGCACAUGCCUCGGGUACUUUGACAGCCCACGUGAUGGGAUAUUCUGUUUAUUUUGUAACACUAAAGAAAGGAAUGUGAAAAUAAAAGAAUGAAAUAAAAGAAUGUGAAAUAUUGUGUCCUAUGUUCCACAAAACCAGAUUUUUUUUUUGUCUCUUAAACGUAUCAUACAAACAUGAAUUAUUAGCAGCACUACAGUUGAUCAAAAUUUUAGUUGAAACGGGUAAGUUUAAAUGAAAUACAAGGUUGUGACAGGAAGCUUGUCAUGAAAAUAUACUGAAAUCUGAGAAUAUUGUUUGCAAAACACAGCGAACAGGAAAAAGGUUCACCUCAGGAUCCCUGAGAACUGAGAGGUUAUGUAAUCAUUGUUGUAAUUAUACAUAAAAGAUGUGAUGAGGUUGUUUAAUGGAAAACAAUCCUUGACCACUUCAUGUUGGGGUUUUAUUAAAAUCAUGUGCUACAGUG